AUGGACAAGCCGCCUCUAGUUCCCAUGAAUCCGUCUUCUUCCCCUAGCUCUGUUGAUCUUACCUCUACCUUGCCACUUCCUGUCCCCGGGGCUCAUGGCAGAUCUCGUUCCCCAGACCAGGUCGAUGGUGAGGGCGAGGGCGAGGGUCGCUACCAGACCCUCGACGCUCUCCCACCCUCUCUCCAUGUCUCGACAAGCUUGCCCAUGUCCGAAGUCGAUACUGUAUUUUCCAUGUAUCAGCCAACAUCUACCCAAGCCAGCAUCAUCAGCAGACGCGAUGUAGACAUGUCCGGUCCGGCUCCACCACAUCGUCCUCCACCGUCCUGGAAAGCUGGCCUCGAUGAACCAUCACGUCCUCCUCCUCCUCCUCCACCACCACCGCCGCCUCCGUCCUAUCUUCGACCUCCAAUGAUAUGGCCACAGUCACUUCCGUUGGGGCCGAAUCGAUCCCCAUUUGGUAGACCCCCGCCUCCACCACCGCCUGGAGAUACUUUCGUCCAUACGAACCUACGACCACCACUCUUAUACAACCGUGACGCGGUCCUCUUCCAACGGCAAUCGCCUCAGCAAAUACUACCGCCACCGCCGCCUCCGCCGCCGCCUCCGCCUCCACCUCCCCGUACACCCGGGACGCCGACCAUCUCAACAUUCAAUGUUUCUAGCGGUACCCCAACACAACCCCAGACCCCGAACUGA